AUGGAAGAUUAUUUUAUCCCAACAUCUUUGUACUAUGACGUUCAUUUUCGAGGGCAGUAUAGAAUGCAACAACAUUUGUUCAAUAAAAUCAUGCAUGAUAUUUGCAAUUAUGAUGAAUACUUUGUUCAAAAGAGAAAUUGUGCUGGUGUUUUGGGACUGCUUCCCGAACAAAAGUUCAUAGCUGUUAUACGAAUGUUGGCGUAUGGUGCAUCUGCUGAUCAGGUGGAUGAGAUUGCCCGGAUGGGGAAGUCCACUGCCUUGGAAAGUUUGGGUGAUUACAGAAAUCAGAAAGGCCAAAAAAGCAUAAUCCUUGAAGCCGUUGCAGGUCAAUCCCCGGUGUUCAAUGAUGUUUUGAGAGGAGAAGCCCCGAAAAUCACAUAUGAAGUCAAUAAUACCGUCUACCAAACUGGAUAUUAUCUAGCUGACAGCAUCUACCCAAGGUGGACAACAUUUGUGAAAUCACUUCCGCAUCCCCGAACCCAGAAGCAAAAAUUAUUUGCUACAUAUCAAGAGGGUUACAAAAAGGAUGUGGAGAGGUGCUUUGGUAUCCUCCAAGCUCGGUGGGCGAUCAUUAGGGGUGCAGCGCGUAUGUUUGAUGAGGAGGUGUUGAGGAGCAUAAUGAUGACAUGCAUCAUCCUUCAUAACAUGAUUGUGGAGGAUGAGUAUGAUUACGAAGCUGAAGAGGUGUACGAACCGGAUCCCAUGAACAUGGCCUUGACCCGAAUUUAUGAAAAACCCAUAAGGGCAAAUGGAGGACUAGUGGAGCAUGAACCGUUGGUUAGAGAUGGUCUUUUCAUUAACCGUAUGAUUGAUCGAUAUACGGAGAUGCAAUCUUCGUAUAUUCAUGAACAAGUUGACUUAAUGGAGCAUUUAUGGGCAGUGAAAAGCAAUGACGGUGAAUGA